GAGAGUGGCAGCAAAGUUUUGGGAGGCUGCUGAAUUUUACAUUUAAACUACACAAAACCCGCUUAGAAUCAGCAAUUGGGACUUAAGUAGCCAGCAAUUGGAAUUUAGACAAAGGUUUCGUACUUGUGUUUAUUAUUAAGAAUUGAAGAAAGAUGGGAGGUGGUCACAAUGGACAUGGUGGUGACCCAAGUGAUAGAGGGCUGUUUUCCGAGCUUGCUGGGUAUGCUGCUGCUGGAGCAUUACGUCCACAUGGAUCAUAUCCACCACAAGGAUAUCCCCCUCCUGGAUAUCCUCAACAAGGCUAUCCACCUGCUGGAUAUCCUCCCCCAGCUAGCUAUCCAACCGCUGGAUAUCCUCCCGCAGCUAGCUAUCCACAGGCUGGAUAUCCUCCCCCAGCUAGCUAUCCACAGGCUGGAUAUCCUCCCCUGGGUGACUAUCACCAUGCUGGCUAUCCUCCUCCGGUUGGCUAUCUUCCAGCUGGAUAUCCUCCCCCUGGUGGCUACCCACCAGUUGGAUAUCCUCCCCCUGGUGGCUACCCACCAGUUGGAUAUCCUCCCCCUGGUGGCUACCCACCAGUUGGAUAUCCUCCCCCCGGUGGCUACCCACCAGCUGGAUAUCCUCCACCUGGAGGCUACCCUUCAACAGCUUACCCUCCUCACAGUGGAUAUCCUCCAGCAGCUUAUCAUGGGCAUAGAUAUGGCAUGGGUAGCACGGGUGCAAUUCUAGCUGGGGGGGCAGCGGCUGCAGCUGCUGCUUAUGGGGCUCAUCAUUUGGCACAUGGAUCCCAUCAUCUUGGACAUGGGUUUGGUCAUGGGAAGUUCAAGCACGGAAAGUUUAAGCAUGGGAAGUUUGGCAUGUUUGGAAAGCACAAAGGCAAGUUUUUUGGCAGGAAGUGGAAGUAACUCCUAUCUUUGUAGCCUAUUUAUCCCAUCUUUUUAUUGUUGGCUAGCACCAAACCAGUUUGUUCCUUCUGUAACUUCUAACAUCGCACUAUAUGAAUCUUAUUUUACCUGGCACAGUAGUAUAUUUCUUCAUAUUCUGUUGUGUAUAUGAAUGACUGAAUUACCAGGCUAUUCUUAUUUUAUUUGUUUGAUAGAAGUAGCCUUAACUAUAAGAAAAUAGCUCAUUCAUU